GUUUUAAAUCUCGGUGUGUGUUCUUCUUCCUCGAGCUACUCCGGUGGACGUUCUCCUACUUCCGCAUUCCUCUCUACCUGCGCACCUUCCUCAGGCGGCGCUGUGCGCUUCAACCUUUGCGUCACAAUCCACCAAAAACACAAAACGCGACGAAGAAGAAACAUGAACGUGCGCGCGGGUGCACCUGUUGGAGCUCUUAUAAUCAGUUUCAGCCGAGACGCGGACGGAGUCGGACAGACAUGAACCCUCCGGGCAGCAGAGACAGCAGCCCGCCAGAGCACUACAUGCCUCAGUCUUCAUCCUCCUCAUCAGCAGCAGGAGGAGCAGGAGGAGGAGGAGGAGGUUUGUAUCUGGAUGCCUACGAGGUGUCUUUUCCUCUGGAGGAGAGUAUCGAGAGACCUCCUGCGUAUCACCUGAACCAGGGCCAGCAGAUGAUGGACGAGUCUGUGGUGCAGGAGCCUCCUCAUCCUCAGUACAGCCCCUUCAUCCUGGUCUCCAACCUGCGAGCUCACCUGUACGUCGCUCUGGAGAAGAACGCCUGGCUGCAGAAGAGCAUCGAGGAGCUGGAGGAGGAACGCAACUUCCUGCGCUGUCAGCUGGACCGCUUCAUCGUCAGCAUGAGGAGUCCGGAGGCGACUGAGUGGUGUGCAGACUCCCAGCGAGGUGUGAAGGUCCAGCCGGCCAGCUUGCCCACUCCUCCCUCCCCCAUGACCACCAGGUCUGGAAUGACCCUCAAACGGCUGCAGGGACCAGGACCAGGACCCCGGAGCCGCCGCGGCACCGCCGUCCCUGUCAAGCAGGAGUUUCAUCUGGAGGAGGAUAAAUACUACACCGAGGACGAGUAUGUGGAGGAGGAAGAAGAAGAGGAGGAGGAGGAAGACGAGGACUCGUCGGUGGAGAAGGGGUCAAAGAAGAAGGGCAGAGGACGAGCCGGCGGAGAGCCGAGGAUGAAGAUGAGGAGGAUCUUCAGGAUCACCCACGGGAGGGAGAGACAGAGAGUUAAAGACCCAGACGGGGUUCUGAUCCGUUAUAAGAAGAUCCUGACCACCUACCAGCGGGUGAGGAGCAUGUCCCGAGCCUUCCAGAUCCACGGAGUCGACCGCAACACCAUGGCCUCCACCUCGCCCAUCGCCGAGCUGCUGCUGGUGGCUCCGGAGAAGGUGGCUGAGGUCGGCGAGUUCGAGGCGUCGAAGGAGAAGCUUCUGGAUUACGCCCGGCGCUGCUACAAGACCAUGGACGACCCGACACACGCCAAAGUCCAAACCAUGAAGAAGACUCACAAGCUGCUGCCGAUCUCCUACAGGUUCAGAAACUGAACCACAGGAGCUGCAGGUAUCAACACUGAACACUGAAGAUUAUUAUUUUCAAUUUUGCACUUUUCAACUUUUAUUUUCAGCAGAUGUGAGAAAGAAUGAGGAGAUUAGAUUAAUUUAGAAGUGAUUUUUGCCAACAAGCUGCUUUAUUUAAUUAAAUAUCUGUGCUGUUUUUGGUUUACUGCCAUUGUGCAGCUGUUACGGUUGGCAGGACUUUUUGUUUCUGUAGUUCAGAGGUGGUUGAAGUCACCUUUUAAUUUUACCUCAGGAGGAAACUUCUGUUGCACAUUAACUGGAAGAUUGAGCACACUGUGACUUAUUAUGUCCUAGAACACAAGUUUUCAUUUCAGCGCACACUGACAUUGAAGCAGCCGGUGAGGAAAUGAAUGAUUAUUAAUUUUGUGCAUAAUAUGUUUAUUUUUUUAAUAUUUGCAGACCUCAGGUGAUUGUUACCUUUUUGUUUUUUGUGAAAAAAAGAGAGAAAUGUUUAUUUUUGAUUCAGUAUUUUGUAGCUGAUUAUUCUGUAAAAUAUGUAUUAUUGAAAAAGAGUAUUUGUUUAAUCAUAUAUCUCGUUCCUAAGUUAUACUGUGUAUUCUGAGCUGGUCGGAUGGACGUGCUGAUGUUUUUGUUUUCUUUCUUGUUUGGUGUUUGAAAUGUCACUUCAUGCAAAGUAAAAAACUUUAAAUGUGA